UUCCACCACGUCUCGUGUCCGACAAUGGUAAAUCGACCUGGUUCGAAUUCGUGAAUGAGCCCUAUUAUAUUUUUUUUCGCUGAAAAAGCGCAACACCAGGAGAACGGUUGGCACGCUGAAGUCUUCAGUCUCGCGAAGACGUUCCGAACGCGAACAGCAACGCACAGUGAGAGUAUCGUACGCUCUAGUUGGUGCUAAGACAAUAGACGGAUUGUCACGGAGGUUCACGUCUUUAGUGGUUCCACUGCGGACGGUGAAGAUUUUUCCUUCUAGAAUAUAAAUAAUGUAUCUACAAAUGUGGAUGCUUUUCCUUUGGGCGUUAAGUUUCACGGACACGGCGUGCGGAAUACUGGCCGAAGACACGACCAAUCUAGAUUCACACGAAGAGCGGCCGCAUCGAAAGAACGACAAAUUUUCAAAUUCAGCUUAUCCCUAUAUCCCAGAGAGCGGUAAUAAUAUUUACACCGACGACCGACAUCCGGAUAUGGGUAGAAAGUGUUCGGAACGUUUGGAAAACGCCUUGGAGGAUAUUAGAAGACGACAGUUGAUGAAGCAAAAAACUUUGGAUUUAAAUGGCUACACUUUGCACCAGCAACUCCGCAGUGCACCUUACGAUAUUUAUGUAACCAACAUGAGGGUGCGACUGCCAACGUCCCACAGUUGGGUAAGAGUUGACAGGUGCAGAUUCAAUCCCAGGAAUUCCAGUCUGGAAACGAGAUUGCUCUUCAACGAUCUCACGAUAAGCGGAAGAGUUAAUUUGUUCAACGAAGAAGAAUUGCAAAGGGAACCGGUAACUCCCAACCCCGAUGAUGCUUGUAACAUGGUUCUAAGGCUUCGGAAAGCUGGAAUCCGCUUCCACACCGAACCGAUCCGACGUGAAAGGGGCCAGUUCAAUGUAAGAACGGACUCACAUUUCCUCGAACCCGGAUUUAUCAGCGUCUACGCUUACGGCUGCGAACCCCGCCUUAGGGAACACCGGAGGAAUUUCAGACUCGAGGAAGACGAGGAUUUGUCUAGAGAGAUGGAGGAUAUUUUUCUCAAAGGCAUAAGGUCUUUAUUAACUACAUACAUGCAAAAAGAACUUCAACCAGCAAUUAAGGAAACUUUAAUGAAGAAUAUGGGAUAUACAGUUUCUUACGGAUGAAAUUAAAUAUCUAAAAAAAUAAUUUAAAAUGAAGAAUGGAUAUUUAAAAAAUUAUCAACUUCUGGAUAAAAAUAUUGUAAAAUAUUGUAUAGUAAUUAUUAAGUUUAGAUUUUAUGUAACUUAUUAGGCAAUAAAAUAUAUUAAGUUGA